CAAGUACAUCCACUUCGACAACUCCAAUAACCACUACAUCUGUAACUAGCGCGGCCGCAUCGACAACGCAAGAAGCACCCACUAGCACACCCACAACAACGCAAGUAUCAACUACAAUUGUAGAAAGCACGUCUAUUUCAAUAACGCCAAUAACAACUACAUCUAUAACUAGCGCGGCCGCAUCAACAACGCCCACUAGCACGCCCACAAUAACGCAAGUAUCAACUACAAUUGUAGCAAGUACAUCCACUUCGACAACUCCAAUAACCACUACAUCUGUAACUAGCGCGGCCGCAUCAACAGCGCAAGAAACAUCCUCUAGCACGCCCACAACAGCGCAAGUAUCAACUACAAUUGUAGCAAGUACAUCCACUUCGACAGCGCAAAUAACGACUGAAUCUAUAACUAGUGCGGCCGCAUCGACAACGCAAGUAGCAACUACUAACACGCCCACAACAACGCAAGUAUCAACUAUAAUUGUAGCAAGCACAUCUACAUCGACAACGCAAGUAAUAACUACAUCUAUAACUAGUACGGCCACGCCGGCAACGCAGGAAACAAACACACCGACUCCGACAACGCAAGUAUUAACAACAAUUGUAGCAAGCGCGUCUACUUCGACAACACAAGUAACAACUUCACCUAUAACUAGUACGGUCACGCCGGCAACACAAGAAACAAAUACACCCACUCCGACAACGCAAGUAUCAACUACAAUUGCAGAAAGCACAUUCACUUCGACGACACAAGUAACAACUACAUUUAUAACUAGCACGGACACACCGACAACGCAAGAAACAACUACAGUUUUGACAGAAAGCACCACGACCAUCUCGACAUCGACAUCAUCAUCUGAUACAAGUUCAGAUACUACUUCAUCAAUAAAAGUCAAUAAACUGACUUCUACAUCUACAUCUACCGUUACUAUUCAUUAUGAUCCUCCUCCAUCUCAAACAACCACAACCGUAAACGUUUGUAGUGAUGACAACUGCCAUAUGGAAACUUCAGCGAGCGUGACAGGACAAAUAAGAACUACCACCCUAUCACCUAAUCCAAUUAGUGAUAGUAGUGAUAGUACUUUUAGUGCCGCCCCAUUGACAACGAUAACACCAACUACCUCCGACUCCAAGAUUCAUCCUACCACCACUAAAUUUGUCACCUCCACGUUUUACUCUACCAUUACGAAAGUCUACCCGGGUUAUACCACUACUAAAUAUACAACUUAUGAUGGAAUUACGACAUCAUAUGAAACAUAUUAUCCACCAAGUACUGUGAUAAGUCUCGUUUUAGUAACGGCUGCCGUACCUGUUGAGGCUCAAGCUCAAGUCACUACAGAAGUCAUAACCGGAGGAUGCGAUAAACUUAAUUGGCGAAGAGAAACGUUGAUUAGUGUGAUUAUGAGUUUAUUG